AUGGUGAUCAAACUGGAUAUGGCAAAGGCAUAUGACAGAGUAUCUUGGUGUGGAUUCUUCCAUUCCACUAGAGGUUUGAAACAGGGGGACCCCCUAGCACCUGCCUUGUUCAUCUUAGGGGCUGAACUUCUUUCCAGAAUGCUGAACAAUCUCACCCAUGAUCAAUUCUUCAAUGGUUUCUAUAUGGAAAAAAGAGGUCCUCAGGUUACUCAUCUCAGUUUUGCUGAUGAUAUAAUCAUAUUCACCUCAGGGAGAAGAGCUUCACUUCAAAAAAUCAUGAACAUCCUAGAGGGUUAUGAGCAGACAUCUGGGCAACUGAUCAAUAAAAACAAGAGUCAUUUCAUGACAUCUCCAUCUGCAUUCCCUUAUACCAUCAGAAGGAACCAGCAAAUCACAGGCUUCUCUAGAAAAGACUCACCCCUCACCUACCUUGGAUGUCCCCUCUACACAGGAAGGAAAAGAAUCAUUCACUUCAACUCCAUCUCUUCCAAGGUGAUUGUAAAACUGGUAGCAAACUUUUUCUGGGGGAUGGAUCAAAACAAAAACAAGUACCAUUGGGCUUCUUGGAAAAAAUUGGCCAUCCCUCAAGAUGAGGGUGGAAUUGGAAAUUCCUCCUUUUGGUGGGAUAACUGGCUAGGUAUAGGUCAUCUGGCCAGUUUCAGAAUACAGGGGGGGAGGCCUGGGAACAUUCAAGUCUCACACUUUUGGGACUCUGGUUCUUGGGACAUUCAGAAGCUCAACAACAUAGCCCUUGCUCAUAUGAUUCCAGAAAUCCUUCAGAUUCCCAUCUCAUACAACCCUCAAGUGCUUGACAAGCCAAUUUGGAAACCUACUGCAACUGGAAAUUUCACAUGUUCAUCUGCUUGGAAUGUAGUAAGGAGAUCAGGACCCAAACUGUUCAUUAAUAGAAAAAUCUGGCACAAGAAAAUACCUUUCGAAUGGUCCUUCUGCUUGUGGAGGGCACUCAGAAAUAAAUUACCCACUGAUGACAGAGUUGCAAAAUUUGGCCCCCCAACAGUCAACAGAUAUGUAUGUUGCUUAGGACCUCAAGCUGAAUCAGUUGAUCAUAUUUUCAGUAGAGAAAUGCCACUGUCCACUCUCUUGACCAAAUGGUGGAGGAACAAAGACAACAAUGAAGUUCACAAACUCCUGAUUGACACCCUCCCAAUUGUUGUCAUUUGGCAAAAACCUAACAAAGGCACAGUCAAGGUUAACUCUGAUGGAAGUGCCUUAACUAAUCCUGGUAAAAUGGGAGCAGGGGCCAUGAUUAGGGAUGACCAUGGUGACUUUAUUUAUGCAAUUGCCUCCCCUCUUGGAGAAGGUUCCAAUAAUCUGGCUGAAACUGAAGCAGCCAUACUAGGACUCAACUGGUGCGUUAACAAUGGAUUCACUAAAAUCCACCUUGAAGCUGACUCUGCUCUUCUGAUCCACUGGUUGACAACUGAUGCUACUCCUCCAUGGACCUUAACCAUAGCCAUCCAAAAACUCAGGCAUCUCUGUCAUCAAUGUGAAACAAUUACCUACACCCAUGCCUACAGAGAAGCCAAUACCCCAGCUGACUCACUUUCCAAACUGAGUCACAAUCUCCCAGCUAUCACCCACUAUCCAAAUCUGAAUGAGCUCCCCAGUCAGAUUAGAGGUCAGAUUCACUUAGACAAAUUGGCAAUCCCAGCCUUCAGGCAUAAACUGACCAGGAAGCUCAUCAACCCAACUAUGGUUGUUCCAUCCUCCUCAAAUAAUUCCAAUGCCCAUGUUUGA